GGAGGAGGGCUGCCUGCUCACACUCUUUCUCCUCCCAUCACCUCCACACACACGCACGCACGCACACACACAUUCAUACUCAGUCACUCUCCAUCCAGGCAGCAGCGCGGAGCCAGGAGAGCGGCCCAAGCACUCAGACUCAGAGCCAUGCGCUGCUAGACUCAUCAUCAUCAUCAUCAUCAUCAUCAUCAUCUCCAGCUUUAAUUUUAUUUUUUUCCCGCGCCACGCACGUUCUCGCAGUUUCCGCGGCGCCACGCGGCUCUGCUCUCAGGCGAUGUGGGCGCGCGGCGAACUUUAGCCGCCCGUCCCGAGCUCCGUCUUCUUCUUCUUCCCGUCUCGCUUCCCAGCGUGGCGCCGUGUCCGUCUCCGUGUCCGUGGACGGGAAGGUCGCGCGAGCCCGCGACGAUGCCAGCAUGCCUCGGCUCGUGAUCUGCGCUCUGCUCGUGCUGGGGCUCGCCGUCCACGGAGCGGCUCCGGGCGCUGAGCGCGCGCCCGCCCGCGAGCGCUUCAAGGUGGUCAUCGCCCCCCUCAUCUGCAAGCGGACGUGCGCGAGGGGCCAGUGCCAGGACACGUGCGAGCAGGGCAACAACACGACGCUCAUCGGUGUGAACGGCCAGUCGGCGGACACGCUCACGGGACCGGGCUUCCGCGUGGUGGUGUGCCCUCACACGUGCAUGAAUGGAGGGGUGUGCAGUUCGCGCAGCCACUGCCUGUGUCCUCCUGGCUUCACGGGCCGCCUCUGCCAGUUUCCUUUGCGCCAGAUGCCCGAGGCCCAGGCCGCCCAGGGCAACAAGCAACCCGUCUACACCCUGCAGGUGGUGCCGGAUGGGCAAAGCCCCGGGGACCAGACGGCGGUCGGACGCAAGAAGAUGGCCCAGACCCACUCCGUGUUCACCCUGCCGUUGGCGCAAGGGGGUGGGCAGCACUCGCCAGAAGUGCAGGUGAACGUGCGCGUGCACCACACUGCGGACACCUCGGUGGUCAUCCAGCCGCUGGAGCAUUCGGACGCCAAGCCUCCCCAGAAGACCGCGGUCCGCCUCACACCCCCGACCCACAAGCCCCGGGGGCGGUGUUUCCAGGAGACCACGCCCAAGCAAGCUUGCAGCAGUAAUCCGCUUCCAGGUUUGACCAACCAAGAGGACUGCUGCGGCAGCGUGGGGAAGUCCUGGGGACAAAACAAGUGCUACAAGUGUCCUAAGCUGUCAUACACCAAUGUCCAUAAGCCCCAGACCAUCAUUGAGGAUUACGGCUCUAACUGUCCACACGGUUACAAGAGAUUGAACAGCAGUCACUGUCAAGAUAUCAACGAGUGCACCAUGCAGGGGGUGUGCCAGAAUGGCGAGUGUCUGAACACGCAGGGCAGCUUCCUGUGCGCCUGCAAGCCUGGUUACGUCCUGGACAGAACACGAUGUGUGGUAGAGGUAACGGUGGAGCAAGGCCAGUGCUUCCUGAUGGUGACAGAGGCGGGCCAGUGCAAGCAUGCUCUGCCCACCCAUCUAUCCCAGGAGAUGUGCUGCUGCACUGUGGGCAAGGCUUGGGGUAGCAACUGCAAGAGGUGCCCGCAGGAUGGCACAGCCUCCUUCAAUAAGAUUUGUCCAGCAGGCAAGGGCUACUCCUACCAGAGUUACUCGGGCAGCCUGGCCAUCCAUCCCCAGACUCUGCACCUUUACCCCAACCUGGAGCAGAUCCUACGGCUCACCCAGACGGACGGUGAGCAGCCAGAGAUCAGGCUCCCGCCCCCGCAGAAGGAGGUGCAGCCGGCUGUGACCACCCCCAUGCAGCCUUCCGCCGUCAGCACCCACAGACCCCAGAUCCCCGUGAUUGUGGCGAAGCCCACCCCUCAUCCCAUAAUUAAAGUUUUCCCCGAAAAAGAUUCCUUGGAGGUGGCACAGACCCAGGUCGCACAGAUGGACGAAUGCAGACUGAACAGGAACAUCUGCGGUCACGGGGAGUGCAUCAAUGGGCAGAAUGGGUUCAUGUGUCAGUGCAACACUGGCUACCGCCCCCACGCCCAGAGGAAGAGCUGUGUGGAUGAAAAUGAGUGCGAGUCAGACCCCUGCGGCCCGGGCCGGGGCUCCUGCAUCAACACCAUGGGCUCCUACAGGUGCCGAUGUCUCCACGGCUACAAGCUACUGGUGCACCACGGAAAGCUCAAAUGUAUAGAUGUGAACGAGUGCUACAAGCCAAACACCUGCGGAGAAGGAGGGCAGUGUAUCAACCUGCCGGGGAGCUACAAGUGCGAAUGCUUCAAGGGCUACCGCAGCAAGUCUCCGCGGCAGCCGGUGUGCGAAGACAUCAACGAGUGCCUGGACCCCAGGACGUGCCCCAACGCGCAGUGUGAGAACACCCCCGGCUCCUACGAGUGCGUGCCCUGCCUGCCCGGCCACCAGGCCCAGGGGGGCGUUUGCUACGACAUUAACGAGUGCCAGAAGAGGGGAGUGUGCCUCCAUGGCCGCUGUGAGAACUUGCCGGGCACAUACCGCUGCUUUUGCAACGAGGGCUUUCUGCCGAAGUCUGGCGGCAAGGGCUGCCGAGAUAUUGAUGAGUGUGAAGACAGCAGGCUGUGUGCCAGCGGGCGCUGUGUCAACACCGAGGGCUCCUUCCUGUGCCAGUGCUACCCAGGCUACCAGCGCACCCAGGAGGGUAGCCAUUGCGAAGAUAUAAAUGAGUGCGAAAGACCCUCAAAGUGCAUAUUUGGGCGGUGCACCAACACGAUGGGAUCCUACCGCUGCGAGUGUCCUAAGGGCUUCGUGCUGGUCAACGGGAGGCGCUGCCAAGACAUCGAUGAGUGCGCCGUUGACAGGAGCCUUUGCCAGCCCCACGGGGUGUGUGAAAACAGACAGGGCACGUACAUCUGCGUCUGCAACGAGGGCUAUGCGAGCACCGAGGACAAGCGUGGCUGCGAAGAGGUCUACGUGGAGGAGAAGAAGGAGUGCUACCUGAACCUGGAUGACACAGUGUUCUGCGACAGUGUUCUCGCCACCAACGUCACCAGGCAGGAGUGCUGCUGCUCUGUUGGAGUGGGCUGGGGGGACCAUUGUGAGAUCUACCCCUGCCCCGUCUACCAUUCGGCGGAGUUCCACUCUCUGUGUCCUGUCGGCAGAGGAUUCUACCACGAGGAGAGCAUGACUGAAUAUGGGCUGGCUGUUCAUCGAGACAUUGACGAGUGCGUGCUCUUUGCCGACGAGAUCUGCAAGGAGGGCCGUUGCAUGAACACACAGCCAGGCUAUGAGUGCUACUGCCAGCAGGGCUUCUAUUACGACAGCAACCUGCUCGAGUGCAUCGACGUAGACGAGUGCCACGACGAAUCGCUCUGCACCAAUGGGCGAUGCAUUAACACCAGGGGAUCCUUCUACUGUACGUGCAGCCUUCCUUGGAUCCCUGACACUUCCAAGAAAAAGUGUGUGAUCCCCACUGUAGCAGGUGUGGAUGAGUGUCAAGAUCCUACCAACUGCAGGAACGGCCACUGCGUUGACACCCCGGACUCCUACUACUGCAUCUGCACCCCGCCCUGGACCUUGGCCACCGACCGUAACAGCUGCGUCACGCCCGAGGAGCAAGCCGAUGUGAAUGAGUGCCAGGACCCGUCGUACUGUAAGAACGGAAGGUGUGUCAACACGCCUGGCUCCUUUCACUGUAUUUGCACUCAGCCUCUCACCUUCAGUGCGGCGCUCAAACAGUGCGUCUAUGACGACCGCACAGCCGCGCACAAGGACGUGUGCUUCCUGCAGGUGGACGAGGACCUGAUCUGCAGCAUGCCCCAGAAAGGCUUGGUGGUGACCUACUCCGAGUGCUGCUGUCACUACGGGCGAGGCUGGGGGCCCGAGUGUCGGACCUGCCCCCAGCGGAACUCAGGGAUCUUCAUCAGGCUUUGUGAGAUGCACCUGGAAACGGAGUCUGACGGAGAGGGCGAUUCCCUGGCAGCCUUUGUCAGCUAUAAACCAGGAGGAGACAGCUCGGAGGAGGACUCGGAUGAGUGCAGCUGCGCUAACGGACGCUGCGUGCGCUCCUAUCUGGGUACCGUGUGCGAGUGCAACCCCGGCUUCCGACUGGAUCAUUCCCGAACCCGCUGCACGGACAUUGACGAGUGUGCCGAGCCAGGCCUACGCAUCAAUUCCUGCAAAAACGCCCGGUGCGUCAACACCAUGGGCUCCUUCAAAUGUUUCUGCAAGCACGGUUACGUCCCUGCGCGCCGUCCAAAUGUCUGCGUCCAUGCCAGGACCCAGUAGCCCCCUCCACUGCACCCCCUCCAGCUGAACACCCGGACUCCCGAAACAUUUUCAGAUGCACACAAUCUGGCUUUUUUUCGCCGAAAGGGUGCAAUAAAGUGACAUUCUCUGAUGGACGUUCUCUUCUAAAACACAUGAGAUCAGCAAUUCUGCCACAGAAAUAAUGGUUCCAAUAAUUUCCUUGUAAUUUUCACUUGACAGCCUUCCAAAGGGAACUUUUCAAUGGAAUUUUUGUUGUUAACAUCAAAGCAGUUAUACAACGGUUAUACAGUAUUUAUACCGGUUAUAUACACCGGUUAUAUGCAGAUAUAGACGUCCUUCUUGUAAAAAAAAGAAAAACUUCUUCGCUGCAAAAAUGUGCAGACUUCCCCAGAUGUAAAUUAUCUUUUUACUUAUUAGUUUUUCUACAGAUGUCUCCCUUUUGAUGCCUUUCUUAUUGAGUUUACAAAAAUGAGGUGCUAAAUACUGAACCAGCAUUAUAAACAGCUUUGAAAACAACCGGUGGCACUUCAAAACAUCUCCUCCAGAAGAAGAAAAUAUUUAGCAAAUGAAGAUUUCUCAGUGUUUUUUAAUUUAAU